AUGAGUGCUGCAAUUGCCAUGGCUCCCUCUCCCGCUCCGCACGAAAGAUUCUCCAAUCCUGAAUUGCCCGCUCCCUCCACGUCGGCCGCCGCUGGCACUUCCCCAUCAGCACAACGCUCAUCCCUCAAUCUUUCAACUUCGCAUGCGACAGCUCAGUCCUCUACCAGCAGCAGCCCUAAAGCUGCUGGUCAAGGUAACAAGUCGUCACCAUCUAGCGCCUCCCGAUCCGCUGGCGCACCCCCUAGAAUUAUCGUAAAGAAGGAGCCUGCUUCUCCCAGUAUGACCAACACGCGACCUCGACCGCGCAAACUCGAUUUGUCCAAGAACACACCCAAAUCCAACCAGCCGACCUCGGCACGACCUAUGACUGCCCGUGACGGCCUGGCAAUUCAAGAAGUUGGUAUUGCUUGUCUGUCUCCUGGCUUCGUCACCCAAGAUCCUGUUAUGAAGGAGCAGCUGCAGCGAAGUAUGUCAGUGAGAGAACAACAGCGACACAUCAUUGAGGCCAGACUUCAUCAGCAAUCUGCUAAAGGAGACGGACCCGACAAGGACAACGCAUUCGCCGCUAAAACUCCCGGCAUGUCUCGACGAAACAAGGCCCCUCCUGGUCUCUCUAUCGUUGCUCCCUCUCAUGAGCAGUUUGCCAAUGAGAGAGUUAUCCAGUCUGCGCCUCUUGGUCACAGCUUUACCGGGCGACAACACCCUGCUCCUAUGACCCGACAUAUCACCAACCAGCCAUCCAACCUUUCAAACACUUCGCAUAUCCACCACAUUCCCGCUAACCCAACCUCCAACCGAUUGCCACCUAUCAGCGAUGUCUUUGGUCAGGGGCUUUCUGCGCAUCCCGAUAAUGCUCCUCCGUCUCAGUCUCUUUACCCCAGUGGCCACAACUCUCGCGGGCCUUUGACAUCUCCUAGUCACCCUCCACCUCCUCCCCAGGCUCCAACGCCUGGCCGUGGCCGUGAGUAUCGAUCUGCUGAGGAGGCCCAACAAGACCUCGCUGGCGGGCGAACAGAGCUUCUCCCCAAGCUUGUCCACUAUGGCGGACAUCAGCCACCAACCCCUCCUUCUCCAGCUCCUGGCAGUCGACCCGUUGAUGCGUCGCGAAGCACAAGCAGGCGAAGGACCCGAGCCGAAUAUGAAGACGGGAGCCCACCACUGGGACAUGGACCUGCGCCUACACGUGUCCGUGGGCCCUUUGGUGCCGGACGAGAUAGUCCCGAUACUCAGCGAGCCAAAAAGGAAGAGUUCAUCCGUCUAUGUGAACGGGCCUGGGAUCUAUUUCACUCAUAG